GUGCUCGAACUGGCGUCACGUAAUGGUAGUAGCGGUCAUGGUACAUGAACUGUUCAGGCCUUUGCAAAAGUCGACUUUCUCCGUAUUUUGAGUAAAAAAGAACAGAAAUGAAUGUAAUCACAACGAGAUAUUUAUUUUGUCGGUCGCUCGGUCCGCGGCGCACGCUCAACGUCCUUCGGUUGUGGAACUUGUCCUGUUGCCAUCAACAUAGCGGAAGCAAAGCGCCAAAAGAAGAAAGUAAACCAGAGGGAUCCAGAUUUAGCCCAGCUGCGUCGUCAAAAUGCGACUGGAUUGGUCCCCCAGACAGACUGUCAAACCUGCGACCAGUCAUAUACCACAUCCCUGAGAAUGAGACCAAACUGGAGAGGAAACUUCGACAUCUGAGGCAGGAGACAGAGGACUGGAAUCAUGAUUUCUGGACCAAUCAGAACAUCACAUUUAGCCAGAAAAAAGAAGAAUACAUUCAGUCACAACUGAAGGCAAAAGGCUUGACAGAAAGAGAUGAGAAAGGAAGGAAGAGGACUCUAAACAGCGAGGAAAUGGCAGCCUUUUACAAAGACUUUCUUGAUAGAAACUAUAAAAGACAUGCUGAUUAUAAUAUAGAAUGGUACAGACGUAAUUUCACUAUCACUAUGCUUAUGGCAAGAGUGGCUAUGCACAAAGCGUGGAGGAGGCUGACUGGCCAGGGGAGAGAGGGGAGGAAGAACCAGACCACCACGUGAAUCCCAAUAAAAAAAGUCUUUCUUAAA